UUUAUCUCCCUCAAUUCUCUUCUACACUCCUCUCUUCGACCUCUUUUCCUUCUUUUCUUCUUCCUGUACUAGCUAUUUCUGGUUAUUGGUCAGUUACAAUCUUCAGGUACCUGACAGAACAGGGGAGAUGUUAGAAAAUGAUUGAUAAACGAGAGAAUAGAGCCAACAAUUGUGCGGACAAAAUGGUUAGUUUCUUUGGUAAUCAGUCAUUGGAUUUUGAAGGAACGACCUACAGAUGGUCUUUUUAAUUUCAAAAUGGCAGUUUCUUUUAGUAGAAAACGACUGGUCGCUGACACCCAUUGCCAACCUCUUCUUGUUUUUAGAUAGAUAAGAGUACUUGCUUAUUCUUCUCCAUUUUCCUAUUCUAUUAAGAUCAUUGAUUUACUAUUUUAGAGUUUGGCUGCCAUGCUUACGCCUACCACUCAACCUGUAAUCUGUAAAAGACACUAUUACAUAGGACCCAAAGAUCUUAAUCUUUUUUGAAAAAGGGAUAUAUGCCUUGCUUACUUAUCUAGUUUAAUUUAAUUUAAUAUAACAAGCAAACACAUUAUGAGGAAGUGCAAUUUCCUAAAAAGGAGAGGUGAGUGUCUUUGUGGUUGUCUUUCACAUGAUUCCUGUCUCCCUUCUUUUCUUAUGCUGUGAGGAUUCCACUUUCUUUAAUUUAAAAAAAUGACCCCCAAGGAGCAGUAGUUUGAGUGGAUUUAGAAUCCACAUUCACAUUCAAUUAAUAUAUGCUUCUUGAAGAUUAUGUUAGAAUGUAGUAAUUUAGCAUCUCUAUAUCUGGUAUUAUUUAUAAGUUAAUAAUAACAUAUGCUUAUAUCUUACCUCCUCCUCCUGUAAUUGACUGACACGUGUUUCCCAUACUGAAGAGCAAAAGCACCUUAACCUCACCUGGAAAUAUAAAAAGAAAACACAAUUAAAUAGGGGAGACAAACACUAGAAAACUUAUCCCCUAACUUUAAGCAAAGGUAUCAUACGUUAAGCUUAACUUUUUUUUAAUUACUAUAACUUAGUAAUUCGCUUUCUCGAGAAGUAAAAGGAAUCGAUCCUUAAGAGGCUUGUGUAUGUGCAUAUAAUAUAGCUGCAUUAAUUAUUGGUUUUAUUAAUAGUUAAUAACCACUUUAAUUUAAAUAGUAUCAACUUUCAUUCUUCUUCUUUUUCUCUAACGCUUUGGCUUGGUAGCUUUCUGUUUAGAGGGAGAGAGAUAGAGAGAGAAAGGAGAGAUUUUGGAUUUUAGGUAUUGAAAAAUGGCUUCAACACUGUUACUAGUGAUUGUGUUUGUGUUUGAUCUGAUAGCUUUUGGUCUUGCUGUUGCCGCUGAGCAGAGAAGGAACACCGCCACAGUCCAAAAACAAGGAGAUUAUAACUACUGCCAAUACGAUUCAGAUAUUGCAACUGGAUUGGGUGUGGGUGCCUUGUUGUUUCUUUUGGCUAGUCAACUCCUAAUAAUGGCGGCAAGUCGAUGCUUGUGCUGUGGAAGGGCAAUUAGACCUAGUGGAUCUAGGACAUGGGCUAUUGUGCUUUUUAUCACUUGCUGGGUAUUUUUUAUUAUUGCUGAGGUGUGCUUGUUAGCGGCUUCUAUUCAGAAUGCCUAUCACACCAAGUUCUACUUGGCGAGAUUUUCCCCAAAUUGUCGGGAACUGAGAAAGGGAGUUUUUGGGGCUGGAGCUGCAUUUGUUAUAUUUACAGGCAUAAUAUCUGAACUUUACUAUGUGAGCUAUUCCAGGGCAAACGGCGGUCAGGCUUCAUAUGGUAGAGACACUGGUGUGAGGAUGGGAAAUCUAUAGAUCAGCCAAGUUUUAGAGCAACAAGUCAAACAUAUGGAGUGUGUAUGCAUCUCAUGAAUAUGGACAUUAUAGUGUUAGUAUUAGCGCACAUUUAUUUGAACAUAUAGACAUUAAAGAGUUAGUAUUAAUACACAUUUAUUUUAACAGACUGGUGUUUGCUUGGUUAAAUUCAUAACCUUUUUUGUUUUGAUUC